AUGACUCAAUCGCGUCAACAAGCCUUUCAACAACUGCGUCCUCCAUGCGUCGAGCUCAGCUCUGUCGCACUCAAGUUCAAGGCGAAUCAGGCCUCGGCGAAGGCUGUCCUUCUGGCGCUGGAGCGGGUUCACCAUACUCUGCAGCUACUUGGAAAUGAGAAUCUCCUCGACGAGAAGUUAGCAGAGUAUGCCUUCUUCCCUCUCACCCACAUCUUCAAUCAAUCCCAGCGCUUGUCUUUCCGGAGUCUGGAGCUGGCCGUCAGGUGCGUGCAAGUCCUGGUCUCGAAAGGAUGGCGGGAGAAGUUGGUCCCGGAGAUGGCAAAGCAGCUGCUCAUUCUCAUGGGCUUGCUCGUCUCGAGAAACCCCAAACAACAGGUCGAACCCCCAGCAGAUGAACUUAAAGUGGCCGCGUUUGAGUGUAUGUCGAGCCUCGUCCGUCAAGGCUCUUCUGCGGCAUCCGAUUUCCUGCCGGGUGUUGGCGACAACAACAUCGUCGACCAAUUAGUUUAUCAGCUGCUCGAGGCACUGACAGAUGCGUCUUCUGAGCUCGUCCAAAUCAGCGCUGCUCAUGCUCUUCUUGAAAUACAGCGUGCCAUCAAAGACAAAGCCUUGAUAGCCAGCCUUUUACCUCGAACUGUCUCCACUUUGGUCAAGGUCCUUAGACCUAGCACCCAAGCCAAACGAACGAGGAAGGUCCUUGUAGCUUACUUGCAACUUUUGACCGAGAUCUUGAGAAGGGUUCUUGCCGACGAGGUCAUCGGUCAAAACCUGGCCGAGGUAGGCGCUACCCCGUCAUCGAAGACGUGGGGUCUAGACGGUGGUGUGGUCCUUGACAGAUCCUGGCUGGAUGCCACGACUCCUCAAAUCGACCUGGCGUUGGUCCAGGUAGUCAAACUCAGGACGCAUGACGGUUCUGAUGUGGCUGACGCGCUUCUCGACCUCUGUUUGACAGUGAUCGAUGACUGUUCGCAGACUCUCGCUCGCUCGGUACCUCUCAUGAUCGACACGCUGGCAGUUCUUUGCGAUUCAUCCAAAGACUCGAAGGCUAAUGCAGCACUGAAGCAUCUGAUAACAUCGAGACCCGAGCUGGCAGAUGUCCUCAGUGCCAAGUUUUACGACUGGACACAAACCUUGCCAAGGGUAAUGCAAGGCAACGAUGACAAGCCCAAGCAGCAGUUACUUAAGCGAGUCGCAACAUCCUUUAACGCGCUUACAGACACUUCAAAUAUGCCUAGUGAAGCGACAUCUCGAGUUACAUCUGUGUUGAUUGACACAGUUGACGCCGCCAUUGGCUCGAGUACCAAAAAGUCGGAACUUAUCAGCGAAGCUGCACAGAUCCCAGCAACUGAGCUCAUCCAACAAUCUCGAGGACUGGAAGGACAGUUCCUGCCCGUUCUUCUAGGUCACCAGAGCCAGGCAUCCUCCAAAGAGGAAUUGGGACACCUGAUUGCCUCCCUCAAGACACAUCCCUUCAGUCAGCAAAUUAUACGCGGUCUCGUCGAUCAUCUACAUGAUUCUGACAUCAACAGGAAGCUAUCAGCUGCCUGGCUCGCCCUGCAAUUCCUGAAUCCGAACGAAAGUCAGGCGUUCGAUGUGAUGGCAUUAAUCGAGGACGAUUUCUCCGCGUCGGAUCUGUCAGUUUCCCGUCCCUUCCUCAUAUCUGAUUUAUACUCAAACACCCUACCUUUCGUGACGGAAUACCCCGACACGAUUCAUGAAGAAGGCACAGAUUGGCGACUUGUUGCCCUGUCGCUGGAGAGUCUGGUGCUGCAGGCGUCUCAGCUCGGUCGAUCGUACCGUCCUGAGCUCAUGGAGACAUUGUUUCCACUACUGACCCUGUUGGGCUCCCACAAUGCACUGCUCCAGCAGCAUGCCAUGACGGCUUUGAAUAUCCUGGCCACCGCCUGUGAGUAUGACUCCGUGGCUUACAUGCUUGUCGAUAACGUGGACUACUUGGUCAACGCGGUUGCCCUCCGGCUCAAUGCUUUUGACGUUUCAAGGACUAGUCUUCAGGUCAUCGCAAUGAUGAUUCGCCUGUGCGGUGCUAGACUCUUACCGCACCUUGACGACCUGAUUGGCAGCAUCUUUAGCGCACUUGAUAGUUUCCAUGGCUACCCCGACCUCGUCGAGCAGCUGUUCGAUGUCCUCCGGAUGGUCGUAACGGAGAGUUCGAAGUCUUCCGAUGUCCUUACCAUAGAAGCCGGCCAGAUGCCCGCAAUUCGGAAGGACAACAAAACCCAUGUGUCGUGCCUGGAUGACAUCCUUGGUGACUUGAGGACCAGAAGAAAGAGGAAGAACAGGUCUGAUGAAGAGGAAGAUCUCGUGACAACGACACCUCACCGGCCGUGGACCACGUCCCAGGACGGUCCUGCUGAUGCAGAGCAAAACAAUCCCGAAGGUGUCGAAGAGACCGGUGAUGAUGACCUGCCGCUAGAUCAUACCGACAAGAAAGAGGAAGCCAAAAUAUCGAAGUCGCACCAGCUUCUGCUGAACAUUGCGCAAUCCACAGUGCCUCAUUUGUCCUCACCCUCACCCAAGGUCCGCCUCACUCUGCUGCAGCUGUUGCAAGAUGUAUGUCCAAUACUCGCACCCCAUGAGAACACAUUUCUGCCUUUGGUCAAUUUGAUCUGGCCGGCAGUUGUGGCGAGGCUUCUUACCACGAACGACGGAGCUGCCAACGAUGCACCUUUCAACGUCAGGGCUGCAGCUACCACAAUUGGGGCCAUCUGCCAUGCCGCGGGAGAUUUCAUGGCCAGCCGGAUCGAAGAUAUCUUCACGGAGCUUGAAACUCUCUUCACCAGGACCCAUUCGAGCGUGGCAGGACCGGUGAAGAGCCCCAAGCCAGUAGCGCUGCUCAAUGUCCCCAGAGGAUCACUGUCCACCCCCAUGAACAGUUCUAGGGUCCCAAGUCACGGAAGCGUAACGACAGGUGCUCAGUCUGCUAUUUCUCCUUCUCUAGAUAGCCCCAGGACUUCCAAGGGGCAGAUCCUGGAAGCCCUCGUCGACUUGCUGGUCACCAUUCUUCGAAACGUCCGGCUUUCCGACGACAACGGAGACAGAGUCUUCCAGCUCCUGGUUCCUUUCAAGCAUAGGGAACCAGUGCGAGACGCGCUGCUAGAGUUCAAUGAGGACGCUGUCUGGCUGAUGGAAUAUCAUCCAAGCCGACCAGGUUCGGGCUGCAAAUCCGGCGCCCCCAACAAGGUUUGA